AUGACUCAGGCCCCUCAAGUCUCCCAACGCCCAAUUUACCUUGUUUCUUACAACAAUCGAUUAUUUCCCGCCCAUUGGGGACUUUGGGUCCCUUCCUACGAGGCUGGCGAGGCGGGAAACAUGGGAAAGGUGAUCCACGUUGAAGGAGACGCUCGAAACGGAUUUGUCCACGGUUUCAAGAGGAAUUACGACAUGGCAACGAGUGAACGCGCCAAAGAGCUCGUCCUUCUAGGCUGGACCGAUAGCGUAAACGUCGUUGGUGGAGACAACUACGGGCCCCUCGUCAUAGAUACCAUUGCAACUGAUGUUAUUGAAAGGUUGGCCCUUGAUGUUCCCGCUCCUGGUCCAAGUCUGAGAGCGGCUGGCUCCAGCUCUUCCGGUGGCCGGCGGACAAGAGUCGAUAUUCAGAAUUGCCAGACUUGGGUACGCCAGUUUGUUGAGAAGCUUAUCGAAUCUGAAAUACUUGAAGUCGAUGCCCUCUCCAAGCUUGACUCAGCUCCAAAGAACUAG